CCGAGAAGAGUUGAGAGGGAGGCGGUGACCUCAUCGUCGGCGCGAGGCGGAGCGAACCGCUGCAACUUUGGAUGAAGUUCUGAUUUGAACAAACCGAGAGGCGGUCGGCAGAGUGCACGGACAACAGCAGCUUCAAAGGUGAAGAGCCCCACAGGUUUCCUGCUACCAAAUAUUCCCAUCUGGUUCGUUUUAUCUCUGACGGCCGUGACGGUGUUUUUAUGCGGGUGACUGACCAACCAGAGCCUUGUUUUUUCCCUCGAAGAAAAGGUGGAAAUUAAUAAAGUCCGGGAAGUAAGGGAAACAGAGGCACCGGAUUAAAGGAAGUCAUAUCCUGGUCAUUGUUCAUCACUGCUGGAUGGAGUCGCCUCUCUGAUCUAAAGGAAACUGUUACUACUUGAAGUUGGGAAACUGUCAUCUGUUUGCAGGUCACCCGAGAGCAUUCAGGCUGUGUCAUCUGCAGUAUCCAUCUUUCUCAGUUGGGUUGGAGGGUCUGCUGUCUAUAAGCGCACAAGGCAGCACUUAAGUGCGGAUGUUGUCAAGUUGCUGAGUUGGUCCCCUCAUUGGCUGCAAUGCGGACUCCCUUUUAGAGACUUCAUCUGUGAAAAUUUGCAAUCAGCACAUUUCUUUUCAUCAAGCGUCAUCUCUAUAAAGCACCAGAUGUAUCCGUGAGACUCGUCGCUUCACUCAGUGGGCAUUAUGUUAACCUUAAUCUAAACCCAUCAGCAACCCAUCCCUACCUUCCCCCCAUCUCCCCUCCCCUCACCCUUUCCCAUCUCCAUAAUGACCAGUCUGAAGCGUUCUCAAACAGAGCGCUCGGUUGGGGGCUCAGUGCCGGCUACUGAUGAGUUCUACACCCGCCGCCUGCGGCUGCCCAAUGGAGGGGCUCCACCACCCCGCAGUGAGAGCGCCCACAUCUCCUCUUCCUCCACCACCGGCACCAACCCCGGCGUCCCCAAAAUGGGAGUUCGGGCUCGUGUGGCUGAUUGGCCUCCGCGGAAAGAUGGGGGAGGAGGGGGUGUUUGGCAUAUCACUGUGGAAACAGACUCACCCAGCUCUACCAAUACCACCAGCUCUUCCGGAUCAGGAAGUGGAGAUAGGGAAAGACUUGGAGGAGGGGGAGGAGGAGGUGGUGGUGGUGGUGGUGGAGGAGGAGGAGGAGGAGGAGGAGGAAGUGGUGGUAGUGGUAGUGGCGGCAGUGGAGGAGGAGUGGUGUCAGCCGUCGCAGCCCACAGCAAUCUGUCAGCCAAGCUGGGCCACCUGAUAAGCCCACAGGACUCAUCCAUGCUGCGCAACAUCCACAACACACUAAAGAGCAAGAUGCAGAGCAAGGGGAAGGACAAUCGUUUCCUGUCACCAGAUGGUUAUUUGGGCUCACCUCGCAAAGGCAUGAGACGCAUCCGCCAGCGCAGUAACAGUGACAUAACCAUCAGUGAGCUGGAUGGUGAUAGCAAUGAGGGCUGGUCCUUCUCUGGAUGGACACCCAUGCACCGUGAAUAUGGCAGCACUUCAUCCAUAGAUAAACAUGGUGUCUCAGGAGAGAGCUUUUUUGAUAUGCUGAAAGGAUACCAGUCCUCUGAGGCCCCUGAUCAGCGAAGCCCAGCUCCAGAAAGGCUAACAGAGCUACUUACUGUGGCCCCAAUAAAACAGGCUGCCCUGGACCUGCCGGAUGGUCCUUUAGGUCCAGCCAGAGGUAGUCCUGCCAGUCGACUGAAAGAACGAGAGAAGCACUUGAAGAGGAGGUCAAAGUCAGAGACAGGUGGAGAGUCAAUAUUCCGUAAGCUGCGCAGUGUGAAGGUGGAGGGAGACACAUCAAGGGCUGGCUCAGAUGUUGAAGAUGGGGGUAAAGGGGAUGAGAGUGGCCCAUCACCCAAACCAUGGUUGUGUCAAAAAGGCUUUGCUCAUUUCGAUGUCCAGUCUUUACUUUUUGACCUCAAUGAGGCAAUCCAAAGUCGCCAAUCUGGUUCUAAACGAAAGAACACCACUACUGGUGCCUCGGCGGCUGCUGCCGCCUCUGCCUCGGCUACAUCCUCCCUCUCUUCCAAUCAGAGUGGAGUGUAUGGGUCACCCUGUGGCUCACAAGAAGAGCUGAGCAAGGAGGGAACAGGAGGACACAAUGCAAACCCUGCCUUGGAUCCUGGUGAUGACAAGAGCAAUGACCUGGUGCUCAGCUGUCCUUGUUUCAGGAAUGAGAUUGGUGGAGAGGUUGAGAGGAAUAUCUCACCGGCUAAACAGCAGGGCAGCAUAGGUAGUGGUGGCAGCUCAAGUAAUUCUUCUGGCAGCACUGAAGAAGGACCUUUGGAUUCAACCCUCACUACUCAUUUUACUAAUGCUGGUGUUGCUGUGUUAGAGGCGCCCAAGGAUGGGCCAAGUCAACAUGCUGACAGGUCCAAACGAUAUAUUGUAGAGCAUGUUGACCUUGGCGCCUAUUGCUACCGGAAGUACUUUUACCUCAGAGAGCACUGGAACUACCUGGGGGUAGAUGAGAACCUUGGCCCAGUGGCAGUGAGCCUGAGGAGGGAGAAGUUGGAUGAACAUAAGGAGCAUGGCCAGCAGUACAACUACAGGGUCAUCUUCAGAACGAGUGAGCUGAAUACCCUGCGGGGCUCCAUCCUGGAAGAUGCAGUACCUUCCACAUCCAAACAUGGCCUGGCUCGAGGUUUACCCCUCAAAGAGGUACUGGAGUACCUGGUGCCAGAGCUCAAUGUCCACUGUCUGCGCCUGGCACUCAACACACCUAAGGUCACUGAUCAGCUUAUGAAGCUGGAUGAGCAGGGGUUAAGUUUUCAGCGGAAAGUGGGGGUGAUGUACUGCAUGGCAGGCCAGAGCAGCGAGGAGGAGAUGUACAACAACGAAUCAGCCGGUCCUGCGCUAGAGGAGUUCCUGCAUCUGCUGGGCGAGAGGGUUAGACUCAAAGGGUUCACCAAGUACCGGGCCCAGCUGGACACUAAGACUGAUUCGACAGGAACCCACUCCUUGUACACCACUUACAAGGAUUAUGAGAUCAUGUUCCAUGUGUCUACCAUGCUGCCCUACACACCCAACAAUAAGCAACAGUUACUGCGGAAGCGUCAUAUUGGAAACGACAUCGUCACGAUUGUGUUUCAGGAACCCGGAGCACUCCCCUUCACUCCCAAAAACAUUCGUUCACACUUCCAGCACGUCUUUGUGAUUGUGCGUGCUCAUAACCCAUGUUCGGACAACAGCUCCUACAGUGUGGCGGUCACCCGUUCCAAAGACGUGCCCUCUUUUGGCCCCCUCAUCCCAGAAGGCGUGACCUUUCCCAAGUCCUCUGUGUUCCGGGACUUCCUGCUGGCCAAGGUCAUCAAUGCGGAAAAUGCGGCCCACAAGUCGCAUAAGUUCCGUGCCAUGGCCACCCGAACACGCCAGGAGUAUCUACGCGACCUAGCUGAGCGCCACACCACUAGCACACCCAUCGACCCCUCGGGAAAGUUCCCUUUUAUCUCGCUGGCCCACAAGAAAAAAGAAAAGAGCCGGCCAUACGGAGGGGCAGAGCUGCGCAGCCUGGGGGCGGUGACCUGGCCGGUCCAUGCCGAGGAUCAUGGGACCGGAGGGGAACUGGAGGCCCUUCUGGCCAUCUCUAACGACUUUCUCAUCUUAGUGGACCAGGAGGCCAAGGCCGUAGUGUUCAACUGUGCCACAAAGGACGUGAUUGGCUGGACGCUGAGCAGCCCUGCGUCUUUGCGGAUUUUCUACGAGCGUGGAGAAAGCGCGUCUCUGAGGAGCAUCAGUAAUAACACUGAGGACUUCAAGGAGGUGGUCAAACGUCUAGAGUUCUUGACUAAAGGCUGUGAGACAUCUGAGAUGACGCUUCGUCGAAAUGGCCUGGGGCAGCUUGGCUUUCACGUGAACUAUGAAGGCAUUGUGGCUGAGGUGGAGCCAUAUGGUUACGCCUGGCAGGCAGGACUGCGGCAGGGAAGCCGAUUGGUAGAAAUCUGCAAAGUUGCCGUAGCAACACUGACCCAUGAACAGAUGAUUGACCUCCUGCGGACCUCGGUGACAGUGCGUGUUGUGAUUAUCCCACCACAUGAUGACGCUACUCCACGCAGGGGAUGUUCGGAGCUCUACCGGAUGCCUGUGUCAGAAUACAAAGGCAGCAGCAGCGAUAGCGGCUCCUUCGAAUACAAGUUCCCCUUCCGCAGCAACAACAACAAGUGGCAGAGGACGUCCAGCAGCCCUCAGCAGUCACUGACCGCCUCGCCACAGCCCCACACACCCAACCGGGCCAUCAGCCUGGGCAGCUCAGUGGGGAAGACCCUGUCAGCUGAGAGGCUGGAGAGGGGCGCAGUCAUCCCACGAAGUGUCAGCAGUGAUGGCCGACCCCUGGACACCAAGAGGAUGUCUCCCGGCAGUGAGAGCUAUAGCCUGGCGUCCUCUCUUGCGUUGGGUCGUUCUCCUCACAAUCGCAGCUCUCCCAGCAACCUGUCUUGUUCCAGUGAGGCCUCCGGAAGCUCUGCUCACUGGAGGCAGAAGUCUAUGCCUGAGCAGUUUGUGGGCAACCGCCACUCUCCAAUGUCUACGGAGAGACGAGAGGUGGUUGGAGAGGGCGGCUCCAGUGGGAAGUCCACGCCCAAUUGGUCAAGAAUGGAGGAAGGGGGAGGAGCUGAACGGGGAUCCACAGAAGCCCCAGUCUCCAAGUCUGGUCAGGGCUACUCGGGAGCUCCCCGCAUCCAGAGGCAGGAGCAGGUCAUCCAUCUUUCCCCGAAGAAGGGCAGCCAGUCGGACGGGCCCUACUCGGGACACUCCAGCAGUAACACACUAUCCAGCACAGCUUCCAGCGGGGGCCACAGUGACAGCGAUAAGUGGUACGAAAUGGGAGCUGGCGGAGGCUCCAGCGGUGACCAGGCUGAAACGGAGCCCAAUGGCCUGGGAGGUGGAGGCUACCUCCAGGGAGCAUCAGCUGACAGCGGCAUUGACACAGGCUCUUACGGAGCCCCUCACCACUCCCACCCCCACUCUCACCAUGGCAGCACCACCUCCCUGCUGGCUCCCAGCGGAGGCAGAGAGAGCAGAGAGCGCUCGGUGUCUCCAUGGCAUAGCCCCACUGAGGGAGGCCGCAGGAUGCUAGAGAGGUCCCCUGCUGCCGCAGAGUCCCCAGGCCCUCCAGGAGAAAGGAGUCUGGAUGGGACAGGGCGAACCCCACCUACUCAUCUCCUUGUUAGAGACAGCAGCACCUACAGUCUGAGUGACGCUGGAUCACACCCAAGUGCCAGGCACUCAGGCCACAGCUCCCCAAGAGAGGAGUCCUCCUCCUCAGCCACCUCCCCUUCAUCCCAGUCCUCGGCAUCCCCCGGGCCCAAGAGCUUCUAUCCCCGCCAGGGAGCUCAGUCCAAGUACUUGAUCGGCUGGAGGAAGCCCGGUUCCACCAUCAAUUCUGUCGACUUUGGAGACACACGCAAGAAGUCUCCAGGAGAAGGUGGAGUGGAGGUUGUUCCAACCCCAGCAGCCAGGCCUUCUCUUCGGGACAUGCACUCACCCCAGCCUCAUGCCAAAUCUACGAUGGAGGAAGACGUGAAGAGACACGGCGCCCCAGACAGCCCUCCGCCGCCACGCAGACACAAGGAAAAGCACGGCCAGAAAUCGCCACCAGUCCAGCCACUCAGCCACCGUCGCUCAAUCCAUCGCACCUUGUCAGACGAGAGUAUCUACCGUGGCCAGCGCCUUCCUUCCCUGAGUGACUCAGUGGCCGAACCGACACUUGGCGCCGAUGUCCUCUUCAGCUGCUCCACACUCCCACGCUCACCCACCACCCGUGGUGUUCCCCUCCGACGACCCUCCUACAAGCUGGGAGUCAAACUCCACGGUGACCUCUCGGCCUCUGACACGUCGUUGGUGGAUUUGGUGGAGCGUCAUCGUGGACCCCUCCCUCCAGAGCUGAUGCCCCUUCCAUCCUCAGACAGGGACAGCCCCCUAGAGUGGACACACCUGGUUGAUGUGGCCAAUACCUUUGAGAGUGAAAGAAACACACAUUAUGUCCAGAGAAGUUAUGUGUUUGGGGAUUCAAAUCACAGAAGCAGUGGAGCCUCAAGUCCCCAGCAGCCCCACAUAGAGCUGCAGCCGGUUCCACUGUCACGGCCCUCAUCUAGUGAGGGUCACAUAGGGCUGGAGAGGAAGGUGACAAAGCUGGAGGCCAUGGUGAAGAUGCUCCAGGAGGACCUGAAGAAGGAGCGUGACGAGAAGGUGAGACUUCAGGCUCAGAUCAAGAGGCUCUGGGAGGACAACCAGAGACUGCAAGAGGAGUCCCAGACCUCUGCUGCCAAGCUCAAGAAGUUCACAGAGUGGGUCUUCAACACCAUCGACAUGAACUGAUCCUGACCUGCUCAUUUUAACACACACAUACGCACACACACACACAGACAAACACACACGCACACACGCACGCACACAAAUGCACACACAAGCACACACAGUCUGGAUUUAGAGGCAGAGGAGGAUCGACGCUGACCAGAAACUGUGCACAAGAAAAGUGGAGACUUGUUGACGGAGUCAGUCAGCCAAACCGUUCAACUAUCUUCCGUCGGCUUCAAACAUCAGUGGAUAAUACUGUCAGCCAGUCUCCACAGACACUCUGUUGAACCUCUCAGGAUGAGACUCCAGAAAAAUGGCGGUCGUUUAUCAGAUUAUGAAGGACUGACUUCUUCUUUCCAAUGGGAUCAUGAGAGCGUCGCUGAAUUGAUUCUCUCUUCUUGCUGGGCCACAAUCUUUUUCACAAAAUUGCCAUCAAAGAGGAAGAACUUCCCCUCCCUCCUCUUUCUGAAGAAGCCAUUUUUGCCUCAUUCUGAUGUGGUCAUAUAGAAUCACCAAACCCACCCUCUUGCCAGGUUUUCUCAGUGGACAUGUGUCCUCUUUGGCCACACUCUGGCCAUUUAUUGUUUCCUCUUUGUUCAUCGUUGGGCACCUUUUUUUUUUAAAUUGUGCCCAGCUUCUCUUAAAGGUGACCUGAGUCUUUUGUGCCAAGUCAAACCCGACUCAGCAGUGACAUCCAUGUGACAUAAAGGAGGAAGUCUCUGUAAUGAAUCUGCCUGCCCACAAACACACAAUGAAUUUGAAGCCACCAGGAGAGGUUUUCAUUUUCUUCACAAAUAAGUGGAGAGAGAAGUUUAUCGUUUCCUCUCUUCAAAGCUUCUGAGCACCGUAGGGUCAGUCGCUGAUAUGGAAGCAGGUCGAUCCACCUCUGCUCGAGGAAAAACUGGAUUUGUACAGCGUGUGUUUUCUUUUCCGUUUCCUCUCCUCUGUGUUGCCGAGAUCUGGAUUACAGCAUCCUGUCUGCACUAACCAACAGCCGACCGAGGAGUAUAUUUAUAAGCCAUCGACAAGUGGUGCCAUUAAACAUGACUGAUAAUCCAGAGUGCUUUGGUCCAUUCCAAUUGUAUGUGUCUUAAAAGCAAUAGGAGGAAGUCAGGACUCAUGUCUCUCCCUCUCUCUCUCAGAAAAGGGAGAGUCUGCUCUGGGAAGUAGUUCAGUGUGGAGGACAAAUACAUUUUAAAAGUUAGACUCAGAGGACACCAGUCUGUGCUGCACAAAGAGCCUCCGUCCACCCACUUCCAUAAAGCAGUGAACAUCAUGCUUUUGGGGAAAAGGAAGGAGAGGACUUGACUCACCAUCCCACUGUCUGGAAUACAGAAAGCCAGCUGAAAAUAAAUGAGAGAGACAUUUUCGGGAGUGAAAAGUGAAAGGGGACAUUUUUUUUUCGCAGGUUAAUUUAUUUCCUUGUAUUAUAAAUCCAAUAAAUAAGUUGUUCUAUUCGUACAGUACAACUGACAUCAGUGUUUAGUUCCUCAAGGUAUAAAGGUAAAAGAAAAGGUCACUAGUUAUAUUAUUUAAAUGGCUUUCUUUCUUAAUUCUGGCUAAAGCCUGACUAUAUGCUUUUUAUUCUGUAUUAUGUUGUAUUUUGUGGUGCCCGAGCCUGCUGUCGUGUUGCUUACAGUGCCCUCUAGUGAUGACCAGUGGAAAUGUCAUGAUAAUUAAAUGUGCUGCCAGUCACUCUGUAUUUUUCCAACACCUCUUCAGCAAUCAGUCAGACAUCGACCGGUCGGCCUCACAAACAGAGAAGAGGAAGAAAAAAAUCAGAAGCCAGCUUUGAGAGACAAUCAAAGGUUGAUUCUUUUUCUUUCCUUUUUAUUUUUUUUGGAUAGAGGGAGUAAACCUUAGGUGUAGGUGUACUUGAACGUAUGUGGGCGCACAAGUGAUAAUUUUGAACAUCAUCGGUUUUCCUCAGGUUCAGUGUUUGUUGGGAACAUGAAGACCUUUUGAGAAAAUAGAAAUAGCCAUGAUAAGAGGGAGCUACAGUGGCAGUGUGUGUUGUCAUUGUGUGAAUGUGCAUCAGUCUAUCCAGCUGUGCCUACAGUCACUUAUUUUGGUCAUUUACCCCCAGGCAGAGCAGGGAUGUGCCUUUGAAAACAGCACCUGGGGAACAGAUGAAAGGGAAAGGCUCUUCUUCUUCAUCCACCACCCCCACCCCCCCACCCCCCUCUCUCUCUCUCUCACACACACACACACUCACAUUACACACUUAUGAGUUUUAAUCAGCUUCAUACUCACAGUUGUGGAGUGUGCCUCAUAAAUGUUUGUACGGCUUCAGCCUUUCUCUUGUUCAUAAGAAUAUUUUAACUAAACACAAUCAGGCUAGCCGGUCCUCAGAUACAGGGACGUGUGUGUGUGUGUGUGUGUAGUGUGUGGAAAUGUGUCCGUGUGUGUGCCUUUCGUCUUCAGUAUCAUGCAGUAUAUCUUUCUGUGCAGCUGGCCCCUGUAAUAAGAGCGUAUUGGAAGAAAAGUUUCCCCAACUCACAAGCAGGAGUCACAAAGCUGUUCCUAUCUUUGAGCGUUUACAGUAAAACUGGCUCACAAAUGUGGUGUAAGCCUUAAUUCCUUCUCCUUUGCUAUCAGAGAGAAAAAAAACACGUGCCAGUUUUUGAACCUCUUAUAGUAAAUUUGCAUCUUAAAAUGAUGCAGUUAAAACCCUGCAGUGUAUAAGCACAGAACGGCACCCGGUCUGAAUGUAAAGGAAAUCUAAACGGGCCCAAAUAAAUGUGAUGUUAACUACAAGUGACAUUCAGCUCUGCGGCUUUGCAGGGAGACGAGUGAACUCUUAACAAAAACAAAAAACGAAAGUCUCGGUUCUGUUUUAAGAAUCUCUUGUCAGUCUGUAUGGACGAUGCCAACACCAGUGAACAGUCAGCAGCGAUUUGUUCGUUUGAACAGUUUCAACAAGUCGGCCACUUGUGAAAAUCAGUCAUCCAGCAAAGUGAAAUCCUUAGAAUAAGAAUGAAAGUGUUCUAGUUUUUUUUGGGGGGGGGGUUGUAUUUCAAAUUAAGUAUGGCCAAAUGACAAACUGUGCAGUGCAGAUGUUUUGCUCUCAUCUUUAAAAGUGUGCGUCAAGAUGUUAGAUACAACCUUACACAAAGACAUAAACACACACACACACACACACACACAGCAGUCCAGUUACUUCAGUGUGAAAGCUUCUUUCUUUCUUUCUUUCUUUCCUCGGCUUUGUUUUGGUGCUUUUCAGAAGGUUAUGGGAAAUGUGAAUGUUCAGAUGUUCCAUUUUGUAAUAUCUUUUUAUUUUUAAGAACCUUUGCACAGUGUUUUAUAUUUAAAAGAAAAAGGAUUGUGUUUACAGGCUUUGGAUCAGAUGGGUGAAGGGAUCCAUUCCUGUGCAGUCUUGUCUAGAUGUUGCUGCGUAGUUUUCCUGCCAGUGCAGUUUUUGAUGAACAGAGGGAGGUGCUCGACUUCAUUCACUUCAGAGAAAGAGAGGAAACGCUUCUUUUCCUUGAGCGUCGCUGAUCAGACAAAGGAGCAGGCUGGAUGUUGUUUGCGCUGUAAGCAUGCUGCUUUUCAGUCAAGCACGACUUGCGAAGUUAGCGAUUGCAGCAGGCGAGGAAGGUUUCGCGAAGCUCAGAGUCACGGCUGACGCAGCUGUGCUGGAAGAACAAACUAAACCGCUAAGUGAUCAGUUCUGACCGGAGGUAAAGCUCACAAUGUCACGAACACUUUAAGUUUUGCAGAAUUAAAGAUACUGUUUACAUCCCAGAUCCAUUGUCUCUGUAAAAUGUAAAGGUAUGAAAAAGACAUUUGCAGUGAUCACAGUAUUAAAGUUUCUGAAAUAAAUAAAUGCCGUAUCGAUUUGUGGUGCUGUCGA